UGAUUCGACUGGAUUCCACUCUAAUACGCUCCAGCAAUAUACACCGACGAACACAGAAAUGAAGUAGGAACCACUGUUUUCUCUCUCUUCUUUCCUACUUUUUUUUUUCAUUCUGCUAUAACCUGACGAGAUACUCCCUGCUGGCAAAGAUUCCAUCUUUCUCUUCCUUCCUUUCUCCUACCCAAAAAUUUUCCUGAGAAACAAUCACUGUUAUCCCGUUAGUUCGUUACUUUCAUGUAAAGCAGUUACUAUACUUUGCUGGGUCUUUUUCCUUUUUUCUUUUUUGGUUUUUGGGGAGAUAUGGGAUGUUCUAGUUCGAAGUUAGAUGAUCUUCCGGCAGUUGCUCUUUGUCGGGAAAGGUGUAGUUUUUUAGAAGAAGCGAUUAAGCAACGUUUUGCUUUAGCUGAAGCACACGUUGCUUAUACGGUUUCUUUGAAGUUAUUUGGGCAGUCUUUGAACAAUUUGAUCGACCAUGAUUUCAGAACUUCUUCGGCGGCUUUGCCUCCUUCUCCUCCAUCUCCUAAUAAGCUUAAAAGUAAAGCGGUGGAUCCAGUUCAAGUCGGGUCGAAUCCACCCAAGAAAGAUGCUGUUUCUCAUCACCAUUCGCAUUCGAAUUCCGGGUCUCAUCUUCACUUCCAUUCUGAUUCAGAUGACUCUGGCGGGUCUUUGCACCAUUCGGGUCAUUAUUCUCCUUUGCACAACGAUGGUGGGGGUCAUAUUGAGUAUUUGCAACCAAAUUAUCCCAAUUAUGGUGCUUUUGAAACUGGGUCUUUCCCUGGUGGGUUUAUGCAUAUGAAUUUCAUGAAGAAGCAGCCAACGCCGUCUAUCGUUUAUGCACAAAGGCCUGGGAAUCCAGAGAUAUUUUAUAUGGGUGAAUCUUAAUCUUCUUAUCCUAACUCUUACUUAA